AAGGCUCUUUAUACACACUGCUAUAGUCAUAGGUUAAACUUAUCCAUUUGCGAUUCUUUGAGUAUACGUGUUGUCAAUGAUAUGUUGAAACAUGUUAACAAUGCCACUAAUUUUAUUAAAAUUUCCCAAACUCGCAAUAUUCCCUUUGAAAAACAUAUACGUAAUUCAGAAACAAACUCGAAAAAGACUAGAUUAACAGACGUUUGCAAAACUAGAUGGGUAGAACGUAUCGAAGGUUUAGAUACAUUCCAAGAGCUUUUUGUACCUGUAUACACCACCCUUAACGAUAUGUCUGAAAAUCUAGAUGGUGAGUUCAAACCGUCGCUUCAGUCUGAUGCCUCAUCUUUGUUUCAACUUAUUGACAGGUUUGAUUUCGUCGUUGCUUUAGUUAUCACGAGAAAUAUUCUUGAUUCAACUCUUCCAGUAACACAGUUAUUACAGGGUAAGAGUAUCGAUAUAAUGGAUGGUAUUCAUUUAAUUUCAACUUUGAAAACUGAGGUGGUGAACAUGAGGAAUUCCUCUGAUUUUUAUCAUGACACCUGGUAUGACGAAGCGCUUGAACUGGCAGCAAAAGUUGGCAUUGAAGAAUGGAAACCAAGAACAGUGCGCAAACAAACGACCAGGGAAAAUAUUCCCCACACAACCAUUUCUGAGUAUUAUAAACGUGCAAUUACUCUUCCUCUACUAGAUCAUUUGCAAUCUUCUUUAGAAUCACGAUUCGACCUUGAGAGUGUGAAUGUCUAUAAAGGCCUUAGCAUUGUACCGACGAAAAUGAUGUCCAUGACAAGAGAUGGGGUGGAUUGGAAAGAGCCAUUCAAAACUGUGGCUAACUUUUAUUAUGAUGAUUUGCCAAAUCCUUUGGCCUUAGAUGCUGAACUUAGGUUGUGGUACACUUAUUGGGAGACCCACUGCGGCCUCCUUCCUGAUAACAUUGCCCAGACUUUAAAAUCUGUUCAUUUCGCCGGAUUUGAAAACAUUAAAAUUUUACUACGUAUUUUAGGAACGCUCCCCAUUACCUCUUGUGAAUGUGAACGAUCUAUUUCUUCCCUUAGGACACUUAAAAACUAUCAGCGAAGUACCAUGGUUGGGGAACGCUUAAAUGGUUUGGCCUUGAUGCAAAUUCAUCAGGAAAUUGUACCAGAUAUUGUGUUCCUAGGCAUGCUGAUGAGCCCUGAUAUGGGGCGAAACAGUCUUGUGUGCAUUCAAUAUUCUGAAUAGUGAAAAUCAACGACCUUGUGAUAUGUAAGUAUAAAUAUACAAUGUUUUUAUGUAUUUAUACGAUUGAGAUCUACAAGAUUCUGCAUAGCUGAAUGAUUAGACUGCUUGAUUUAAACAAUUUAUCGAAAGCAUAAAUAGUGUAGUAUGUUUUGCAAAGUAUGACGUCAUAGGUUUAGCACUGAAUGACGUCAUAAUGUUCU